AUUUUCUCCCUCUCACCACAUAAAACUAAUACACCUCACAAUUUCUCAAUCGACACAAAGAUAUCAAAAUAAAAAAAAAAGUAAAUCUAAGCCUCUAAUCUUCAUCAUGGCUUCAGUAACCUCAGCCACCGUCGCAAUCCCAUCGUUCACCGGUCUCAAAUCAACAAUCUCCAAACCCUCCGCCGUCGUUAGAAUCCCCACCAAGGCGGCAACAUCAUCAUCGAAGCUCACCGUUAAGUCAUCACUUAAGAGAUUCGGAGUCGCGGCCGUAGCGGCUGCAGCUUCCAUCGCUUUGGCUGGAAACGCCAUGGCGAUAGAUGUUCUCUUGGGAUCAGGAGAGGGAGCGUUAGCUUUCGUUCCCAACGAGUUCACAAUAGCGAAAGGGGAGAAGAUUGUGUUCAAGAACAAUGCUGGAUUCCCACACAAUGUUGUGUUCGAUGAGGAUGAGAUCCCAAGUGGUGUUGACGCGAGCAAGAUCUCCAUGGACGAGCAAGAUCUACUCAACGCUGCCGGAGAGACGUACGAGGUUGCCUUGACUGAGCCUGGGACCUACAGCUUCUAUUGUGCGCCGCAUCAGGGUGCUGGUAUGGUCGGUAAAGUCACCGUUAACUAAAUAAAAUGUGAGUGAAGUGAAAGAGUGUCUCUGAACCAAAGUAGAGGCUUUUCUGUCAGUCUUACAUAAAGGUGUUUUUGUAAUUCUAAAGAGUGUUGAAUCGAAUGGACCCCGUGAUUGUUAUAGUAUGACUGGUUGGUUCUAUAAAUGGUUUUUCUUGGUUUAUAAAUUAUAUGUAGACUUAUGUCUCGCCAUCAAAGUUUUCGGAGUAUUAAAAAUAA